GGGAGUCGUCUGAGGAGUUGACAGGCUCACCGUGGUGAUAAGUCACAGCCACAUGAGCCAGGAGCAGAAACUGCAGCUCAGAGAGAGUAACGUGCCCUCGGUGCCACAGCUGCUAAGGAGUGGAGUAGGCCUUGGUCUCAGUCCCAGUGAGGGCAUGUUCCCGAUUUGAGGUGAAACCAUGAGGAGGAGACAGAGCAAAUAAUAAUGCUUUUCCGCAAUCGCUUCUUGCUGCUGCUGGCGCUCGCUGCGCUGCUGGCCCUCCUGAGCCUCAGCCUGCAGUUCUUCCACCUGAUCCCGGUGUCCGUAGCUAAGAAUGGAGUGAGUAGCAAGAGUCGAAAGAGAAUCAUGCCCGACCCUGUGACGGAGCCCCCCGGGAUGGACCCGGUUUACGAAGCUCUCUUGUAUUGCAACAUUCCCAGUGUGGCCGAGCGCAGCAUGGAAGGUCAUGCUCCGCAUCAUUUUAAGCUGGUCUCCGUGCACGUGUUCAUUCGACAUGGGGACAGGUACCCACUGUAUGUCAUUCCCAAAACAAAGCGACCAGAAAUUGACUGCACUCUAGUGGCUAACAGGAAACCGUAUCACCCGAAGCUGGAAGCUUUCGUCAGUCACAUGUCAAAGGGAUCCGGAGCCUCUUUCGAAAGCCCCUUACACUCCCUGCCUCUCUUCCCCAACCACCCGCUCUGUGAGAUGGGAGAGCUCACACAGACAGGCGUCGUGCAACAUUUGCAGAAUGGCCAGCUGCUGAGGGACAUCUACCUAAAGAAACACAGACUCCUGCCCGCUGACUGGUCCCCCGACCAGCUCUACUUAGAGACCACGGGGAAAAGCCGGACGCUGCAGAGCGGGCUGGCCCUGCUGUACGGCUUCCUCCCCGACUUUGACUGGAGGAAGGUUUACUUCAGGCACCAGCCCAGCGCUCUGUUCUGCUCCGGGAACUGCUACUGCCCGGUGAGAAACCACUACCUGGAGAAGGAGCAGCGCCGGCAGUACCUCCUGCGCCUGAAGAACGGCCAGCUGGAGAGGGCCUACGGGGAGAUGGCCAGGAUCGUGGACAUCCCCACCAAGCAGCUGCGGGCCGCCAACCCCAUCGACUCCCUGCUCUGCCACUUCUGCCACAACCUCAGCUUCCCCUGCACCAGGGACGGCUGCAUCGACAUGGAGCACUUCAAGGUGAUCAAGACCCACCAGAUGGAGGACGAGAGGGAGAGGCGGGAGAAGAAACUGUAUCUGGGGUACGCGCUCCUGGGCGCCCACCCGCUCCUGAACCAGACCGUCGGCCGCAUGCUGCGCGCCGCCGAGGGCAAGAGGGAAGAGGUCUUCGCCCUCUACUCCGCUCACGACGUCACCCUGUCCCCGGUCCUCAGCGCCCUGGGCCUGACGGAGGCCAGGUUCCCGAGGUUCGCGGCCAGGCUGAUCUUCGAGCUCUGGCAAGACCGGGAAAAGCCCGGGGAGCACGCCGUGCGGGUUCUCUACAACGGUGUCGACGUCACGUUCCACACCUCCUUCUGCCGGGACCACCGCCGGCGCUGGCCCAAGCCCAUGUGCCCCCUCGACAGCUUGGUCCGCUUUGUCAGGAGGGACAUGCUGGAGGCCCUGGGGACGGGCAGCACCAGUUAUUACGACGCCUGUCACCGGAAAGGACUCUAAGAGGCGCCGAGUCCAGCCCUUACCGAGUCCAUGCCGAAACAGAGGGAUGGGGAAGGUACACUUCCAGGUCUAGCCUUCGCUAAGGGUACCAGGUUAUUGAUCUUCAUGGCUAGGAACUGUGCUUGGGAGCCACCCAGAUGGCUCCGGUUGAACAAUGAGUACAUUGUUGAAUUCGGGUUCGGGAGUUUCUUGAUACACAAUGGCCGAUUCACAGAAAAAAAAAAGGAAGGUACUUGAUCAUAGCCAGACUUUGCUUACGAUGCCAGACUGUCUGAAUGCUCCAAGCUGCCAACCCACGUGUGUAUUCUUCUGACCUGCCGUGGUACUGAACUGGACAGUGGGACCAGCAAGCCUCAGCCCACAUGUUCUUAACCUGGGACCCUCUUACCUUAUCCUUGUUCCGUGAAAAAUGUCCCCAAGUAACUUAUGUAAAACAGGGCUUGACAGACUUUUUCUGUACGAGGCCAGAGAGGACGUAGUUUAGACUGUUGCAGGCCAGAAAGCCACAUUCCCAGUCUCUUGUCACAGCCACGGCGUUGUGCUCUCGUCACGGGGAACGCACCCACAGACCGUACACGAAAGCGUGCACAGGCCGCGCGCGUCAGGCGUGGCCCCGGGGCUGUCGCUGGCCGGCCCCUGAUCUGAGACACGGGCUCUCCUACAAUUGCACUCUCAGCACUUUGAGAACCGGGUGGCUGCCAAGAAUUCUUCAGCGGUGCCUCCCAGUCACUCCUGCUAGAAACACAGAAUUGGGUCUGCAUCUGUUAGAACGCAACAAAGGGAAGUACACAUUGAAUCAGAAGGGAUCACAGGGAAGUUGCCAGAGUAAUACUUGACGUUCACGAUGAUUGUGGUAUGAUCGUUUUAAGGGUGUUUUAGACAAGUGUCUGCUGUCGUCUGUUUGCUGUGGAUGCCGAAGUUUUUGUACUCCAUUUGGUAUUUUUAUAGCCUAGGAAGAUAUUUUCUGAGACCAGUUUUCGAUGUGCUCUGAUUGCCUACGUAAUAAUAUCCCAUUUGCUGUCCCCGGUUGGUGGUCAGGAGGCAGCCAGCACCUGAACACAGACGCCUUCCUCCCGAUUAAAGGAACGACGGCUUAUUCCCUUGGACAAGCUGUAGAGUCGGAUCAACUUUGAAACCCUUUUUUUGUGAGUUUCAAAAGGUACAUUCUCACUGAUUUUUAAGUACGUUUUUGGAAGAACUUUGGUACUAGAUAGUGAAAUAAUCUUUAUAAGGUAUUUUAUAUAUUAGAAGCAGUGAUGAAAUCUGUGGUUUCUGAACGAAGGGUGCUAGUUCUGUGCGAAGAGAUGUAACGUGCAAGUGAGGUUCUCCGGCGUCAUUGAUAUUCCCGUCACUUCUCUUUGUUUCUACCCAGUGUUGCGGUUUAAAUAACAUGUUUCUAUGAAUAAAUUUUGAUGAAUACGUGUACGUGCCACUAACGGUUUGUACCUCUCUAAGUCACUCUGGUUCUUCUUUUCAAGUGAGUGCCAAUAUUUUUUAAAUGUAUCUUUUUUGUGUGUAUAAAUAAAAAUGUGCUAAAUUAGAAAACUCUAC